GGAGCUUCGAGUGAAGGACAGGGAAGGAAUUUGCUUGUUCUUCUCAUAAUGCUCCAAACAUGUAUUUGCUUUGUUGCUAUGGAGAUGGUUGACCAAUUUACUUCUACCAUGGUGGUCAUUUUUCAGCAACGGGCUUAAAUAUUUUAUUAUUCUAUAAAAUUAGGAUCAAAUCAUGAAAAAAAUGGCAACUGCAGGGCUUUCCACCGUUUGCAUGACCACAAUCCCUCCACAAAGAAAGAUGGCAACCUCGUUCGUCAAAACCCAACAACCCUCAUUGGGCUCUCCAAAGAGCACCACACGAACCAUUGGGCUGAAAGUAAGGCCCAACUUCCGGAUUUGCGCCAUGGCCACUUUCAAGGUGAAGCUGGUGGGGCCCAAUGGGGAUGAGGACGAAUUUGAUGCCCCAGAUGAUGCGUACAUUCUCGACUCAGCCGAGAAUGCGGGAAUUGAAUUGCCUUACUCGUGCAGGGCAGGUGCAUGCUCUACGUGUGCUGGGAAAUUGGCUUCAGGCUCGGUUGACCAAUCAGAUGGCUCGUUUCUCGAUGAUGGGCAGAUGAACGAUGGAUAUGUGCUGACGUGUGUUUCGUACCCGACUUCGGAUUGUGUGAUCCACACGCAUAAGGAGACUGAUCUGUACUAGAGUGUUCUGGAUUUGGUUGUAAACAAUUUGGUUUGUGUUUGUUUGGAAUGUGAACACUUUAUAGAGUGGCUUAUUCUUGUGCUUUAGUUGUUAGAAAAGCUCUCUGGGCAACUCUGAACUCUUGUGCUCUUAUUGCAGCAGUUGGAAAUUUAGUGGUUUGAUUUUGAGUAUUCAAAAUUUCCUUUUAUUUUUUAAUUGUUGUCUGAGGGGUUUGAUGAUGCCUUCCUUUUAUUAUUUUCUAAACUAAGGGUGUGUUUG